AUGGUAGUUCUGUCAACUAAAAUCGAGUGCUCCGAAACAAUUCAGGGAUCUUUGACAUUGUUAGGAAAGUUACUUAGACUUCUGCUGCUGGAUUGGCAACUCAUCAUGUCUACGAUCCCCAUUCGCGCAUCUCCCUCCCCAGCAUGGGCGAACGGAUGA